CAAAUGUUAACUAUUUAAUCAAACAUCCUUUUAUCCAUACAAUACAAGAUGGAUAGAAAUCCGAACUUGUAGCCAGUGUACCAAUCUUCACACGGCUUUCUGUUUGUUUGGACGCCACCUCCUUCUCUUCCUCGUCCUCUUCCAUGAAGCAGAGCCUCAGAACUGAGAUCUACUGAUGCGCCCGCCAACGUGAGAGCCUCCCAAAAAGCAAAUGUGAACUUGGAACUGAAAGUAGUACAGUGAGGUCAGAAAAAAUGGUGAGAAAGAGAAUGGCUUCUGAAAUGGAAGUUCACAACUCCGCCGGCGAUUUUCAUCUCCGGUUUCCCCACCACCGUCCAAAUUCUCUAUUAUCCACCGUAGAUAGAGCAGCAGCAGCAGCUUCAAGUAAUCAUAACAGUAAGUACAAUAGCUUUCAUUAUAAAUCUGGUUCACGAGAUAAUAAUGUUCCUAUUCCUAACCCCACAACAGUGACGGUCUCCAACUACUCCACUUCCACGCUUCUACCUUCUCCUUCCACCAAUCUCACCGCCAUGACGUCACCCAACUUCAGCAAUCGUCAUUGCGGUGAUAAUCUCUCUCUUCACCCUCAUCUUCAAGCCCAGCAGGCCCAGCAGGACCCUUCGCCUCCUCCUGCAGUCUGUGGAUUCUCCGGUUUGCCUCUAUUCCCUUCUGAAAGUAAUCGGCUUGAUAAUACUGUUGACGGUGUUGCUUCGGUGGCCACAAGCGCUGACGCCGGCCGACCUCUUCCUCCUCCUUCUAUGGAAGAUAGUUCAGCCAUGGCUUGGAUCGACGGCAUCUUGAAGGAUCUCAUCCAUGGCUCCACCGCUGUGUCCAUCCCCCAACUCAUCAACAACGUCAGGGAGAUUAUCUAUCCUUGCAACCCCAACCUUGCUGUCAUUCUUGAAUACAGACUCCGUCUCCUCACUUCCGCUAAUACUUCUGAAUCUGUUCUGAAUUAUGGGGAGAAGAAAAGGACAGACGCGCCGCCUCCUCCUCCGGUGCCGGUGGCCGCGGGUUUAAACCAGAGGUCUUUUGUUGGUCAGCAAGUAGGCCCCUCUUUUGCUGCCGCUAUGGCCCCCAACUUGCAUAUUCCAAAUUCUUCAUCUGUUGUUGGGAAUCAGAUGUACUCAAAUUGGGGACUACCUCCAGUCACGGCGUUAACACACGAAGGCGGAAACCCACCGGUGAUUACUUUACCACUAUCUCCAUUAUCAUCGUCAAACCAUCAAGGUCAUUCGCCACAGGAGGAGCAACAAUUUCAUGAGAAACAAGAGAAUCAGAACCAGCAGCAACAAGAAGAGGGAGUGUCUUCGCCUUGUGAUAAUCGUCCGGUGACGACAACGACGACGGCUACAGCUACAGAAAUCAUCCUAGCAAGAAAGAAGAAAGAGGAGAUGCAACAACAGAAAAGAGACGAAGAAGGGUUGCACCUCCUAACUUUGUUGCUUCAAUGUGCUGAGGCUGUGGCAGCUGAUAACUUCGAUGAAGCUAAUAAGAUGUUGCUGGAGAUCUCACAACUCUCGACGCCGUUUGGCACGUCGGCGCAACGUGUAGCAGCUUAUUUCUCGGAAGCCAUAUCGGCGAGGCUGAUUAACUCGUGCUUGGGAAUAUACGCUUCUCUGCCAAUGGUGCCUCAUAACCAAAAGAUGGUAUCAGCAUUCCAAGUCUUCAACGGAAUCAGUCCUUUCGUGAAGUUCUCACACUUCACAGCAAACCAAGCUAUACAAGAAGCAUUCGAGAGGGAAGAGAGAGUCCAUAUAAUAGAUUUAGAUAUAAUGCAGGGAUUGCAAUGGCCUGGGCUGUUUCACAUUUUGGCUUCAAGAGCUGGUGGGCCACCUUACGUCAGACUCACAGGGCUCGGCACCUCCAUGGAAGCUCUUGAAGCUACUGGGAAACGAUUGUCUGAUUUUGCUAAUAAAUUAGGACUUCCUUUUGAGUUCUUCCCGGUGGCUGACAAAGUUGGGAAUCUUGAUCCUGAGAGGUUAUGUGUAAGCAAGACAGAAGCUGUUGCCGUCCACUGGCUCCAACAUUCUCUUUAUGAUGUCACUGGCUCUGAUGCUAACACGCUCUGGCUUUUGCAGAGGCUGGCACCUAAAGUGGUGACGGUGGUGGAGCAGGAUCUGAGCCAUGCGGGGUCAUUCUUGGGGAGGUUUGUGGAAGCGAUACAUUACUACUCAGCACUGUUUGAUUCGCUUGGAUCGAGCUAUGGGGAAGAGAGUGAGGAGAGACACGUGGUGGAGCAUCAGCUUCUGUCGAGGGAGAUUCGAAACGUGCUGGCCAUUGGAGGUCCGGCGAGGACCGGCGAGCUAAAGUUUCAUAACUGGAGGGAGAAACUUCAGCAAAGUGGGUUCAGAGGAAUCUCCCUCGCCGGCAACGCCGCGACGCAGGCCAGUUUGCUUCUGGGAAUGUUUCCUUCUGAUGGGUAUACUUUGGUGGAGGACAAUGGCACACUGAAGCUUGGUUGGAAAGAUCUGUGCUUGCUUACUGCUUCUGCUUGGAGACCUUCGUUCCAUAAUGCCACUACUGCGAUCGUCCACCAUGGCUGAUUCUUGGUGCUUGAAUUUUCUCUCUCUCUCAAGUUGACUUCUUGAAGAUGAUGGUGAUAAUUUCACAUUAUGAUUGCAUGAUGCUUCUUCCACAAUUGAACAUUUUGAUUAUAGUUUUUAUUUUGAUUUUUCUUGGUCGCUGACUUUUUCUUCUCGGUCAAGCAGUCAAACUUGACUAAUUUUGCUUUUAACAUUUUUCUAGCUGGCAUCAAAUAUACACAUCUUCAUCCUUA